GGGAGGGCGGGGCCGGCAGGUAGCGCCGGCCAAUGAGAGGGCAGGGGGCGGUCCCUCCCCUGCGGGAGAGGUGGAGCUCGCGCCCGGUGGGGCAGGGGUCGCGCGUGGCGAGUUUGGUUCAACUUUGUGAUGUCUUCCCCUGAAAUUGCUUCCCUUUCUUGGGGUCAGAUGAAGGUGAAAGGCUGCUCUACAACGUAUAAGGAUUGCAAAGUAUGGCCGGGAGGAAGCCGAACCUGGGAUUGGCGAGAAACUGGGACUAAUCAUUCUCCAGGAGUGCAACCAGCUGACCUUGAAGAAGUUGUCAAGAAGGGUGUUAAAACUCUGGUGAUCGGUCGUGGCAUGAGCGAGGCUUUGCAGGUUCCACCGUCGACUGUGGACUAUCUGAAGAAAAACGGGAUUGAUGUGGUGGUUUUGCAAACGGAGAAGGCUGUGGCAGAGUACAAUGCCCUGGCUGCUCGGGGUGUCAAAGUGGGGGGAGUCUUCCAUUCCACCUGCUGAAGCGUUACAGCUCAUUCCGCCUUCCUCAGCCGCAGCCAAAUCACGGACACACCUCUCCGCUGAAUCAAAUUACAGUCAACAGAGUGUGGACUCGUGUGCCAAGGCAUUUGUGCGCUGACAAUCUAAAAUGAAAGGACAGUUUAUUAGUUCAGGAUUUAAACAAAUUGAGUGCUCACAAAAGGGAGCUGUUAAUUAAAUCAUUUAAUUACAGAA